UAGUGUGUCUCAAAGCGUCGUCAUCGUCGGUGAUCGCGCGGUUGUUGUCGUUGUUGCGCUGUAACGGUUUUUUCAGGCGCUCAGUCUACGCAUUUCAGCGGCCAUUGGCAGUUAAUACAGCUCCCCGCCUCGCCCGCUUUAAGAAACAAACGUGUUAAUAAUAAAUAAAAACAGAUUGAAAUUUUGAAUCCACUACCAAUUAAGAAACCCCAGAAAAAAAACAACAAACAGACAACAAAAUGUAUGUGCCAUUAUAGAAAGCAGGAAAUUUGGAGCAGUAUCAUAGCCACUAAGUAACACCCGGAACUAGAAACAUAUAUAUACACACUCAUAUAUAUGGACUAUAGACAAAUGAUAUAUAAACUUACCUUAGAGCAGAGCGCAUAGAAUUAAAGACGUCGCCUUUUUGGGAACUUCAUAUAACUAUAUAAAGCAACUCAAAACCUCCCACGCACACACACACACACAAACACAUACACAAUGGGCAAAGAUUACUAUAAGACUUUAGGCCUAACAAAAACUGCCACCGAUGAUGAGAUCAAAAAGGCCUACAGAAAACUGGCGUUACGUUAUCAUCCCGAUAAAAAUAAAGCCGCAAAUGCUGAGGAGAAAUUUAAAGAGGUCGCCGAGGCAUACGAAGUGCUCUCGGAUAAGAGCAAGCGCGACAUCUACGAUAAAUAUGGCGAGGAUGGACUGAAGAGUGGCGGCGCUCGCAAUGGCGGUGGCAGUGGCAAAAAUACAUUUACAUAUCAGUUCCAUGGUGAUCCGCGGGCCACAUUUACACAGUUCUUUGGCAACAGCAAUCCGUUUGCCUCGUUCUUUGACAUGGGCGACAAUCUGUUUGAUAAGAAUGUUUUCGAUUUGGAUACGGAACCCGAUUUCUUCUCAUCGCCAUUUGGCGGCCUGGGCUCUAGGCAUGGCCUAGGCAGCGCCUUCAGGCCAUCUUUUAGAUCACACUCCUUCAAUGUGCACACCCCCUUCAAAAAGGAACAGAAACAGGAUCCACCCGUCGAGCAUGAUCUCUAUGUCACACUGGAGGAAAUCUAUCAUGGCUGUGUUAAGAAAAUGAAAAUCUCACGUCGUGUUGUCCAGCCCGAUGGCAGCUCCAAGAAGGAGGACAAAGUCCUGCAAAUAUCUAUUAAACCCGGCUGGAAAUCGGGCACCAAAGUCACGUUCCAGAAGGAGGGCGAUCAGGCGCCCGGCAAAAUACCAGCGGAUAUUGUGUUCAUCAUUCGGGACAAGCCACAUGCCAUGUUCAAGCGCGAGGGCAGCGAUUUGCGAUACACGGCGAGGCUGACGCUCAAGCAGGCGCUCUGCGGCGUUGUCUUUCAAGUUCCUACAAUGUCCGGCGAUAAACUGCGCAUCAGCACCAUGCAGGAGAUCAUCAAGCCGAACACUGUGAAACGCAUCCAGGGCUAUGGAUUACCCUUUCCCAAGGAUACCACGCGCAAGGGCGAUCUGUUGGUUGCCUUCGAUAUACAAUUUCCGGAGAAAUUGACUGCCGCGCAAAAAGAAGUGCUCAGAGACAUGUUAUGAAGAUAUUAAUAAAUGCCGCCUUAACCACGACAACGACUCACUCACAACCCGGCAACAGCUCAGUCUAUCCAGUCUUCUUCUAGUUAGUCAUACUAAAAACUACUACGCAAUCAAAUGCUAUUGUUUUAUCAUCAAACAAAUGAACAUUGAAUGUGUCAUCAUUCAAAUAAUUCGAUAUAUUUCGUUUCGAUGCGCAUUUCAUUUGUGCUGAUAAAAUAUUUUACAAACAUUUGCAUCAUCUAAUAAUGCUCAUUGAACCAAACACGAUAAAAAAAACACACACACACACAACCAACCCCACCAUCAUCAUCAGUUGCAAUAAUACAUAUGUUGACCAUAGUUAUUAUAUCGUAUAAUUCAUAAUUUAUUUGUCUAAAUUAAAGCUACGUAUAAUAAAAACAAACAUGUGAAACACAA